AUGGUUUAUCAAGCAAUUAAAACAUUUGCUAAAGAUGGAAAAAAAGAUUUACAUAUUACAUGUGAUAAUUGUAUCGCACAAAAUAAAAACAAUUUAUCACUUUUUUUUUGGUCUUGGUUGAGUAUGUUAGGUUGGUAUAAUAAUAUAACAAUUAACUUUAUGAUACCAGGUCAUACAAAAUUCAUUUGUGAUUCAUUUUUUGGACAUAUAAAAAAAACUUAUCGAAAUCAAAAAGUUAAUACUGUAGAUGAUAUUGAAGAUAUUGUAAAUAAUUCAUCAAAAGGUAAUGAAGGACUUAGGUAUAAUGGUGGAAUUGGAUGGAAGUGGUUUGAUUUUCAAAAUUUUUUUUCAAAAAAUAAUUUUAUAAAUUUACCCCAUAUAACAAAAUAUCAUCAUUUUCGUUUUAGUAAUUUAUCAGAAGAUUUAGGAAAAGUUUAUUGUUCUGAAAAUUCUGGUGGUGUUGAAAUUUGCCAUAAGCUUUUACGUGAUGAUAAUAAUUUUAAUAUAAAUGAAAAAUUAGAUAUUUUGGAUGUUAUGCAUAUAUCUGAAGAAAGAAAAAAAUAUUUAUAUCAAAAAAUUCGUCAACAUAUAGAAGAUCCAUACAAAGAUGUUUAUUAUCUUUGA